GCGUCGUCUCGCCAAAGGACGAAUGGACCGGAGACGUCUGGUAUCAGAAAUGGACUAACACGCACUGGCAUAUGGAUGGUAUACUGGCCAACAGUCACGAUUUCAGGGCAGGACAGAGGGCCUCCCCUUGUAUGAGCAUCAUGCAGUAGAGCAGAGAGCGGCUACUUCAACCAGAGUGUGUGGGAGUGAAAGGACCCGAGGGCGUCAUGGCUGUCUUUAAAUUAGAGAAUGUGGAGGACCUGUACGAGAUCGGGGAGGUGCUGGGCAGUGGCCAUUUUGGGCAGGUGCGUGAGGUGCGAGAGCGGGCUUCUGGGGUGCGAUGGGCGGCCAAGUUCCUGAAGAUCCGCAGGGGAGCCGGGAGCCGGCUGGGGAUGGAGAGGAAGAGUGUGGAGAGAGAGGUGGAGCUGCUCCAGGCCCUCCAGCACCACAAUGUCAUGGCCCUCAAGGACGUGUUCGAGUGCAGAGCUGAGAUCGUCCUCAUCGUGGAGCUGAUGAGAGGAGGGGAGCUGUUUGACUUCAUCGCAGAGAAGGAGAACUUGACGGAGUCCGAGGCCAUAGAGUUCCUCAAACAGAUCCUGCAGGGAGUGAGCUACAUGCACAGCAAACACAUCUGCCACUUCGACCUCAAACCAGAGAACAUCAUGUUGUCAAGCAAUACCCUGCCCAAUACAGAUAUCAAGAUCAUAGACUUUGGCAUGGCCCACCGCUUCAUCCAAGGGGAGGAGUACAGAAGCAUGGGAGGCACCCCCCAGUACAUAGCUCCCGAGGUCAUUAACUAUGAACCACUGAGCACAGCCGGAGAUAUGUGGAGCAUGGGCGUCAUCACUUUUAUUCUACUGAGUGGUCUCUCCCCCUUCCAAGGGAACACGGAUGAGGAGACGUUACGCAACAUUGUGGGGAUGCUCUAUGAGUUUGAUGACUGCCACUUCAGCCAGACCAGCGCCAUGGCCAAAGACUUCAUCCAGAAGCUCCUGGUCAAGGCUCCAAAUGAAAGGAUGUCAGCUGAGGAGUGUCUAAAUCACCCAUGGAUUAAGCCUCUUACACGGACACAGGUUGCCAAAAGGAACCGUUCCUCCAUCAACAUGAGGAAUUUCAAGAGAUUCAAUGCCAAGAGGAAAUGGAAGAUGUCCUAUAACAUGGUGUCAGCCUGUAACCGGCUUUGUCGUCUGCAGCUGCAUUGCAAGACUAGUGCCUUGCAGGAUGAAGAGCUGAGACAGUGUGAAAGCGACCAGGAAGAAAGCGAGACCAAAACCUCAUCGCUCCUCCGCCGCAGACUCAGCAGCAGUUCCUAAAGCCACCAGUGGGGGGCAGAUUUGCCUUGUCCCGCACCGCAAAUACUGACCAGUAGAUGGAGCAAGAGGGACCCAGACCGGAACCUCCAUUCUCCGACUGCAGACCCUACCUGCAGAGUGCCCGCUGGCAUCGGCUCAGCUAGAUGAAACACAACGAGGAGAUGGGGUGAACGUUCCCUGCAAGCUGCUUAUACAUAUCAGCAUAAAAAAAACAUUUCCUCAAUCGCAAAACGCUUGUUCUUGUUCACGUUCACUUUUAACCUCUAACACCGCAGCUGAAUAUGAUGCGUUAGGAUGUCAAAGAAGAGUGCUAUCAGUUUCUUGAUAGAGCGUGAGUUUUACAGUCCAGUCAGGACAGCUGGCUCUUUUCUUAAAGGCAACAGUCCAACAGAUGUGAGGAAGUUCCUCACAGCAGCGCAUGAGCUUAAUAUAUCUCCCCUGAAGAGGAGACAUUAAUAGAUGUCCAUUUCAAGGAGAGCCCCUGUAUUUCCUGAAUGAUUUUGAGUCUAGGCUAACUGCUAGUGUUCAAUGACUGUCUCGAAGAAAUGCAUGUUUCUGGCAUGCUAAACGUAGCUGUUAGGGUAGUCUGUUCUAUAGAUAUGCAUAUAUGUUUUUUUUCAUGGGUGCUGGUGUGAGCUGUAGUGUGGCCUGUAGCUGGGUCUUGGGAGAUUCAUAGGAAGGGUUAGCUGAGCGACAAAAUGAAGACUUCUGGGAUACUCUUGUCAGUGAAGGUGAAGGAUAGUACCACUCCAGCCUGUGAACAGAGACUUCGGCACAGAAGAUUCCAGAUCCCCAAUUUGAAAGGAAUCACCUGCCUGAGUGAAUGAAGAUAAGAUAAGAACGGGGAUGCUGGAGGAAUUUGAGUACUCACUGUGAAGAUGUUUGUUCAGAAAAAACCCCACUGGAGUUGCUCACUGGAUAUGUCAGUCUUGCAACCCACAGAUGUCUUUUAGUAGAGGGGGUUGAAUGCUUUUAUACAGAAUGAUAACUAUUCAGUCAGACUGAUGUCUAAUAGGAUUCAGUGGGGUUGAUUUGACUCCAAGAGAGCUCCCUGGAUAGACAUGCUUGUCAUGUACAGUGGAUGCAUGCCUCCAUUGCUGGACAUACUGCAUACAAUUUUUCCGCUGAGGUCUGGCUGAAGGUGUGUGUUCAGUUAUCUUCAGCUCUAAAGUAUAUUUUUGGUCAAGGUUGUAACAUUUGUAACACAGAAUGAUUUGAUAGCCAAUGGUUCAUUCUGAUUUUCAUAUACAGUAUAGAGAUUAUGUGCUUGAUAUGCAAUUAACAUGGGUGGCGCCAUAAAUUUGCCAUAAUUAUCUUGAGACAUAUAAUUACAUACGUUACAUUGUUGUAACACCAUAGGUUUUAUCUUUACAUUGAUGUCUGGAUCUCUUAGCAGGUAUUUGUUGUGCUAGCUUUAUGGCUUUGAAAAAAAUCUGUGUGCAGUUUGGACUGUUUACACUGACUUUCCUCAGACUGUACCACAAGUUACUCUUCUCCUUGGUGAGAGAGGGGGAGAGAAACAAAGCUGAUCUCUCAUUAGAGAACUAUUUCUGCAGGAUUUAUUGUCUGGAUUUGGAGGGGAUUUAUGUCUUCCUAUCAGAUUUGAGAUCACUUCCAUUUGGAAGGGCCCGAGUAAUAGCUGCGCCGUGACAUUCAUGUGAUGUGUUUUGUCAGAUGGUGUGCCAUAAGUGUGACAGUUAUGUUAUGUACAUGGUAUGUCAUGUCAUGUUAUGUCAUGUACAUGUUAUGUUAUGUCAUGUACAUGGUAUGUUAUGUUAUGUUAUGUUAUGUCAUGUCAUGUUAUGUCAUGUCGUGUACAUGUUAUGUUAUGUCAUGUACAUGUUAUGUUAUGUACAUGUCUGAUAUGAAGGGUGAUGGAUGGGUCCAGCAUGUUUGUGAGACAGCAAAAAGUUCAUGUUAAUGUUAAUGAUAAUGUUAGAUAUUUUAUUAAUGGCAAGGGAGAAUUAAGGGAGAGGAAUGGGUAUUAGAGGUGAUUGAAAUAUGUAUCAUUUUAUUACACAUUGUGUAAUUAAUAAACAAUACAUGUAAUUAUGUUCACAGCAACUCUUAGGUAUGCCUGUGUGUUUGUAAAAGUGUAUUUAGUGAAGUAUGUUAUUGGUAGAAUAUGUAACUAUUGUAUUACUUACGCAUGCGGUUUGUCAUUUGUAUGUUAACCAUUAAAACUGUUUGUUUGGAGAUAUGAUAA